AAAACAUAGCCGCGAAACGUUCGUAUAGAUGCAGCACCGCGUCGUUUUCUUCAUGUUCCAUACUUCCAGCCCUAAAUUCCUCUGGCCCUCGACCUCGAGUACCCCUCACCCCAAAAGAAGACCUAUCCCUUCUCCUGCUUUCUCGAGGCUUCAUCUUCUUCCAGAACGUUUUCUAGGGUUUUUGCAUUGGUUUCGUUGCAGGAGAAGAGGUCGUGAGCGUCGGAAACUUCGUCCCGAUUUGGAAUUUGGUGCUCGGGGAUCGGAUGGAGAGCUCGCGAACGAGGAAGCGGCCUCGGCUCGCGUGGGACGUCGCGCCUCCCGAACAACGAGAGGUCCAUCCGUGUCCAGAUGCUAGGGUUAGGGGUUGGGAUUGCGAGAAGGAUGCUGUCCGAGAUGAGGCGGUGCCGGGCACGAGGGGUGCAGCAUCGCCUCCGUGGAGGGAUGACGAUCGGGAGGGGCACUAUGUCUUCGAUCUUGGGGAAAAUCUCACUCCGCGAUAUAAAAUACUUAGCAAGAUGGGUGAAGGCACUUUUGGACGUGUUUUGGAAUGUUGGGAUCGUGAAGCACGUGAAUUUGUGGCAAUCAAGGUGGUUCGUAGCAUACGCAAAUAUCGUAAUGCUGCAAUGGUUGAAAUAGAUGUCCUUAAUCAUCUUGCUAACAAUGAUAAAGAUGGAACAAAAUGUUGUGUCCAGAUACGAAGGUGGUUUGACUACCGAAAUCACAUAUGCAUUGUUUGUGAGAAGCUUGGGCCGAGCUUAUAUGAUUUCCUAAAGAGAAAUAAAUAUUGUCCAUUUCCUGUGGAACUUGUGCGGGAGUUUGGACGUCAGCUUUUGGAAUCUGUAGCAUAUAUGCAUGAUUUACGCCUUAUUCACACUGAUCUGAAGCCAGAAAACAUUCUUCUUGUGUCUUCUGAAUAUGUAAAGGUUCCAAGCUAUAAGAAGAAUUCACAAGAUGGAACAAACUUCAGGUGCUUGCCAAAGUCAAGUGCCAUUAAGCUGAUUGAUUUUGGUAGUACUGCUUUUGAGAAUCAGGACCAUAGCUCCAUUGUUUCAACAAGACAUUACAGGGCACCUGAAAUCAUAUUAGGUUUGGGAUGGAAUUAUCCUUGUGAUAUUUGGAGCGUUGGUUGCAUCCUUGUUGAGCUAUGUUCGGGUGAAGCAUUGUUUCAGACACAUGAAAAUUUGGAGCAUUUGGCCAUGAUGGAGAGGGUUUUGGGACCAUUGCCAGAACAUAUGAUACAGAAAGCUAGUCCCUCAGCAUCAAAAUAUUUUAGGCGAGGGAUUCGGUUGAAUUGGCCUGAAGGUGCUGUAUCAAGAGAAAGUAUCAGGGCUGUAAGGAAGCUUGACCGUCUGAAGGACUUGGUUUCCCAGCAUGUGGAGUACUCUAGGACUCCAUUGACUGAUUUAUUAUAUGGCCUCUUGAAGUUUGAACCAUCAGAGCGGCUCACGGCACGGGAAGCGCUCUACCAUCCCUUCUUCAGAAGCCCAACAUGAAAAGCUGUUGAAGGAACAAGCGGCUAACCUGGGAUAUAAUUUAGGGUUUUGAUGCCUGUAUGGGGGGAAGACAACUGGAAAAAGAGAGGAGUUACCAGUUGUAUCUGUAUCAGUUUUUGUAGGCUGAGACCACUGUGUAUGUCCUCCUGGUGUCUGCCUGCAUGAAUAUGUUUCUGCUGUUGUAAUAGCAUGUGGCCUUUAGAAGACCUGGUGCUAUCAGUUGCAUUUGUAUUAAGUUUUUUUUUCCUUUUUAUCUUUAUCGUUAUCUUGAAGUUUAAGAUGGUAGCUUGAACGUGGAGUGAUACUGUUGCUCGUUUUUCUCCGUUUAUUGUUGGUUAAAGCCUCCAGCCACUUGUCUGA